AUGAAUGUUCAUUGUAACAUUGCUCCUUUGCCGCUCUUUGUCAUGUGUUCUUAUUCACUCCUCGGUUAUUCAUCAAACUAUCAGAUAGAUUUUGUCUUCUACUGGGAUCCCAUGUGCGGAACAUGCUAUGAGGAAUGCAACGAGAAUCAGUACAAGGAAUGCAGUGGUCGAUAUACAGUUUACGAUUUUCUUGGCACUCAUACUCGUUACUACGGGAAGAAAUUCAGCGACUGGGGAAAAGCUGGAUGUCCCAAGGACGACUGA